AUGCCCCCCUCCCUCCCCAGCAACCAUCCCAAGUCGUACUCUCCCCUCCCAGGCGAGUCUAACAAUGCCCGCGCCUCCCCGGUCGCCCGCAACGGCGCAGUGUUCUACAACCAGGCCGCCUCCAGCAUAGCAUCGACCUCGACCGUCUCGGGAGACCUGCCACGCGCAGGCAUGGCUCUGCGAAAUGAUUCAGAGGAAACACUCUCGCCGGGAGGCAGCAGGAAGGGCAAAAAGAGGGCAGUCUAUGACGAAGGGGUCGAUAUUGGGGACGUCCAAAGGCCUUCUUACAAGGGAAAAGAGAGGGCCUGGGACGUGGAACAGCAACAUGUACCCCUCGAGGACCCACCUGCAAAUGGCGUCCAGAGCUACCCUCCCAUAUCAGAGGCCGAAGAAGAGGAACGCCAAAUCCAACAACAUUUAUCCCGGCUUGCCGCAAAAGAUACGGCCAGACGGCUAGCUGCACGCAAUUCAAAGAUGCUACCGGCUUCUCCGGCGCCUACGACCUCGCCCAGAUCGUCUGGAUCAUUUUCACUCCGCCGGCCGCUCUCCAUAUUGACCAGUGCGAAGCGUAGUAGCGUGAUGGGUUCGAUAGACGGGAUAUUGGGAAGGCGGGAGGAGCCUGUCGGCGAGCUGCCAAUGACCAGGCCUCAAUCGUCAAACGCCGCCUACCCAAACCCGUACGACUCUCAACCACCGCUGUCUCCCGUUCCCAGACCUAUCGCCUCCCCAAUCAGCCCCACCACCCGGUCACCCUUUGCCGACCCCUUUCCCCCUCCGCCGACGCUGGCAGGGAACGAACGUCGUCCCUCUCUCGUCACCGGCGUCUCUACGGAAUCGCCCCGGGCUGGCGCGAGGUCGUUGACUUCAUCGCCGGCCAUCUCGCCCACGGAAGAGACGGGCUUCGCCUAUGGUGGGCCGACCUGGCGAGGGGGCCAGGCCGCGAGAGGGCAACCAGUAGAGGAAGAGGCGCCGCGGCGAGGACCAGACAGGUGGUGGCAUGCACUGUGCGCCUGGGGAGAUGACCUGGACGGAGGACACGAUGUGUCGGAAAGUGACGAUGGCCAGAAGGGGCGAACGAAUCCUUUUGAAUGA